AAACCAGAUCUUUUCACUGUGCUAUAACCAGCUUUUUGGACUUUGCCUGACACACUGUAAGUGGUUGUAUCAUUUUCAGGAAUAAAUAAAUGAAUGAAAAAAUUGUGUUUGGGGCUCUUUCAGGUAAGCAUGAGAGGAUGGAAGAUGGCAAGAGAUGAAGAAAAUGUCUAUGGUUCAGCAGAGGACAGCCGGGCCCUGCAGGAGCCCACGCUGAGGCUCAUCCUGGCUGGGAAGACAGGAGCAGGCAAGAGCGCCACCGGGAACAGCAUCCUGGGCCAGCGGCGCUUCCUCUCCAGGCUCGGAGCCACGUCUGUGACCAGAGCCUGCGCCGUCGGGGUCCGGUGGUGGGAAAAGUGGCGCGUGGAAAUCGUCGACACUCCGGACAUUUUCAAUUUUGAAAUCCCCGAGGCAGGGCCCGUGUGGGAGGAGAGAGGUCGCUGCUACCUGCUCUCCGCCCCGGGACCCCACGCGCUGCUGCUGGUGACCCAGCUGGGCCGGUUCACCGCCCAGGACCAGCAGGCCGUGAGGACCGUGAGGGCGAUGUUCGGGGAGGGCGUCCUGGAGCGCACGGUCAUCGUCUUCACCAGGAAGGAGGACCUGGCUGGCGGCUCCCUGCAGGAUUAUGUGCGUGACACAGAGAACCGCGCCCUGCGGGAGCUGGUGGCCGCGUGCAGUGGCCGAGUCUGUGCCUUUGACAACCGAGCCGGCGGCCAGGAGCAGGAGGCCCAGGCAGAAGAGCUGCUGGGGCUGGUGGGGAGCCUGGUCAGGGAGAACGGGGACACGCACUACACCAACGAGGUGUACGGCCUGGUGCAGACCCUGCACUGGGAGUGCCCCGAGGAGCGGCUCCAGAGGGUGGCAGAGAAGGUGGCGGCCCGCAUACGCAGGGCCCAGGGGUCCUGGCUGCUGUCCGGGCUGUGGGAGUGGCAGAAGUGGCACAAGUCCCGCGGGAGCAGCUGGCGGAUCAGAGUGCUCAUCCUUCUAGGGGGCGCGCUCCUGCUCUACCAGCUGUUUUGGAGGGGCCAGUAUGAGGGCCCUGAGGUCACACCUAGCUGACCUUGUAAGUGUGACCCUGACCCAUCAACACACCACUGAUGUGACUGUGGCUCCUAGAGUUCUGCGUCUGAGCUCACAGACUGCCCUCCCUGGCCUGGCCUUAACCAGUCAACUAGAGAGUCUGCCAAAACCCACCCACCCCCACCAAACCUUCCCUGCUCUCCAGCCUCAGGGCCCUGGGCCAGUGGCUUUCUCCUUGCAGAAACCAUGACCACUGUUGCUUUUGCCCAUUUGGCACUCACCUCGGGCUGCCUUUCAAGCUGUACCUUACCUAAGAAAUGCACGCGAUGUAAUCAAUCAUGUUUAACCUUACAUUAAAUAAAAAUAU